AUGAUGACAGCGCGAUUCGCUAUGCGAUCUGGUGAACGAGCAGCUAUACUGUAUACAUGGAGCUCUUAUUUUAUCAACUUUGAUAGGACUGACAUGUAUAAUGGAAAGGAGGUAUGUCAUGAUGAUAUUAAAUUCGAGCAAGCCUGCAUAUUGCACAAUUUGGGAGCCUUACAUGCCGAAUUAGGUGCGAAAGAUGAGAGAAUGACUGACGAAGAUCAAGUUGGGGGGGAUUAUACUCCCGAUGUUAGCCAUGCUAUUAUUUCCUUCUACAUACAAUUAAUGCUGGGUCAAGCGCAAGAAUGCAUAUUGGAAAAAUCGAUCAAAGACAACAGAAAGGGCUCCUUAAUUGCUCGAAUAGCAGCGCAAAUUAUUAGCUAUCUGAGACUUGGCCAAAAUAUAUUAGAAGCUGCUGUACAAAUCAUUAGUUCAAGAAGAUGCAAAGUAUGGUCAAAGUUUCUAACCUUUAAAAUUGUAUACUAUGACGCAGUUGCGCAUUUGUAUAUGGCAAACUCUUCCGAUGAAAAUUCGAGAUUUGGAGAUAAAGUUGGUUAUUUAAAAGCUGCUUCUGCAAAACUAGAAGAAUGUUCAAAACUUUUAAAGCAAGGAAUUGAUGCUAAAUUCCAAGAUGUCUAUAAUUACACCUACGACGUGAUAAAUUAUCAUGAAGAAAAGGCUCAACUCCUGCGAUCAGUUACUAGUUCUAUUCAGCAAAAAAAUGAAGAGCUAAGCCAAGUGAUAUCGUCACUCCAAUUACCAAACUUAAACCGAAGCGAUAUGCAAGUACAAAUGGAAUUGCCAAGUGAAAUUUCUGAAAUUAAUCAACAGUUAAAUAGCAAUCCUGAUGUUCUAGAAAAAUUGAUUGAGUUAAUCGAAGAGUUAAAGCGUUUAUACCAAGAUAUCGAAGAUAAAAUUAACGCUACUGACAAAAAAUUGAAUGAAGAAAACCAAGCUGCAGAGCGCUUUGAGUCUAAAUUUGGUAUAGUACAUGACGCAGCCGUAUUUGAAGAAUUGAAAUCUAAAUUCGAAAGAAGAAAAGAAGCAAACGACAAAGCGAUGAAGUGCAAUGAUGAAGUUUUCAAUGCAUACGAUAGUAAUAUUGAAAAUCUAAAAUUGCUAAAUGGUUCGAAGGAUGCUUUAAUGGCUUCUCUACCAAAGUUAAACUUAUUAGAUAUACCUAUUGAUGAAGCUGCUGAAACAAAUCUUCGAAGAAUUUUGGCAAAAGUAGAAGAAAUGAAAAAACAGAGAAGUAAUCUAGAGGGAAAUUUGAGAGAAGCCUUAAAUGAGGAUGAUAUUACAUCCAUGAUUGUCACUCAAACCAAUAAAGAUAGUACUGAUAUCUUUCACGAGCAGAUACAGAAACAUGAUAGUCUUGUUAACGUAAUUCGCCAAAAUUUGGCGGCUCAAGAAAGAAUUAUAAUGGUGUUAACUGAUGCAAAUGCCAAAUAUGGAGCUGCACGUGAACAAGCAUGCAAAACUAGCGCAAAGCGAAAUGCUUAUAUUAAAUCCCUUAUGCUAUCUUACAACGUAAUGAAUGAAUUAAUUUCAAAAGCCGAGCAUGGAAUUGAAUUCUAUAAGAAAUUUGCAAAUGAUAUCGAAAAAUUCUCUCAGAAAAUUGAACCAGUCAUACAGCAAAGAUUGAAAGAACGGGAGCAAAAAGCAAGGGAAAUUGUUGCAGAAAGAAGAGCGAAGAAAAAUGCUGAAUUAAUGGCCAAUAAUACUCCAAUAGCAAACACUCAGCGUUGGGGAUUAAUUGCAAAUGGCCAAGUAACCCCUACUUCGCCAACAAAUCAGCAAAACUUAAACAAAGGCAUGAAUUUUAAUACCGCUAGUCCUACUGCAUUACCUUUGCCGAAUCGAGAUGAUAAUCAAUUUUUCCAAGGCCGUACGGAUGCAGCUCCAUCUUCACUUCAGCAUCAACAAUCGCUACCCUCCAGUACGUAUUCCCAAUCGACUAUUCCAGUAUCUCCACAAUCUCCACAUCCAACUCCCGCAAGUAUCUCUCAACAACAACAGAAGCCGUUACCGAUGCAACCACAAUCGCCACAGCCGUUACUGUCGCAGCAGCGUAGUCCAGUUCCUUUAUCUUCAGUAAACCAGAUUUCUGCAGCAAUGAAUUCCCAAAGCAAUGUAUCAACUCCAGUCUCACUGCCAUACCAAGCCAACAUUCCAUCGCAUCCUCAAAAUCAAUUAUCGGCUACCCGGCAAGUAUCUAGUGGAAGUAUGCUACCCCAAAAUAACUAUCAGUCUCAACAGUUGACGAGUGGUAAUGCAACAAUAGCAUUCAAUGAUAACCUACAAUAUCAAAAUUCUCAAUCCGGUAGUAAUACAGCACCUAAUCCGCAACGUCAAAUUUCUCAGUCAAAUAGUACUGCAGUGCCUAAUGCGAUACAAAGACAAAUAUCAAAUCCAAAUUUAAACCAACCAAAUUCACAACACGUGAGUUUUCAGCAGCCAUCCUCGGGUAACGUUUUGGGUCCUCACACCAAUGUACAACGCCAAGAUAUUCAAUCAAAUUUGCCUCAAUCAACUACUGCCUUACAAAAUCAAUUUUCGAAUCAAGGAUUAGAUCAGAAGUUUUCUGGCUACCCGACUUACCAGCCACAACUUCCGUCGUCUCAGUCAGCUCAGCAGCCGACACAGGUCUUAUCAAGGCCCCAAAAUCAACAAGCACAUACUAUUCAAUCGCAAAGCAGUGCAGGACAAGCGGUGUCUCAACAUCAGCAUCCCGGCACUUUCUCUCAAGGAAAUAUCCCAUCAAAUAGCUCUUUCAACAUAAGGCGAAAUGAAGGGAUAGUAAAUCAGUCUUCUAAACCAGCUGGUGAUAAUACCGCUUGGAUAUGCAGUAAUCAGCAGCAGCCUAGUCUACAACAGCAGAGCCAAAAUCAAGGUCCGACUGGUUUUAUGAGUGCUCAGCCACUACAGCAACAAAUGGGGCCUCGACCUACUACGCAAACUUCGUACGUAACGGUAAAUAAUAAUCCUUCUAUGGUAAAUAAUCUUCCUUCACAAUCGGCUAAAUCAACUGCGCAGAGCACUGUCUAUGUUCAUUCUAAUCCUGUAAUGCAGCAAAUGCUUAACACUCAGCAAGGUGGACAAAGCAUGAAUAUGUAUAAUCAAACAAAUUCGCAAGGUCAAAAUAUGUAUGGCAACAGCCAAGUACAAGGUGGAAUCAGUACUGCCAAGCAGCAACAACAACAGCAGUUUACUCCACUGCAGCAAGUCAAUCAACAGGGACCAGUUAGGCCAUACAAUGCAAACAUGUCGCAGGCAAAUUCUAGGCAACUUCAUGAGCAGGGACAAUACAAUGGAGCACCCCCAGCACAACAACAAAAGCCUCAAAUUCUUCAACCGGUGCAGAAUCAGCAAUUUCCACCACGGUUAUAUCAGGCGAAAAACAAUAAUCAGCCCGUUGAUUUACUUACCUCAAGCGUAGAUCAAUUUAAUUUGCAAGGAACAUCCGGGAGCACUAUUUUAUCGCCUGUGAUAGCGGGUAGUAAACCAGCUGCUCCAACUCAGCAGAAGCCACUUCUUCAAAGUUUCUCCAGAGAGUACAUAGAUAAAUUACGCUCUGAUACAAUGCAGUUUGGUCAAAACAUGCAGUCUUUAUGCUACAGUGCCCAACAGAACUGUGACGGUUUCACUACUGAGUUUCAGGCUCUAGAAGAGAGCCGUGUUACGGACUCUCGCAAAUACCCUUGUAACGUAGCUCACCGGCAUCCAAUUGGCAAUCGCGAUGAAACUAUUCUACCUUAUGAUUAUUCCCGAGUAAUAUUGAGCCCGCAAUAUGAAGGCGAUGAAGGAUAUAUAAACUCGAGCUUGAUUGAUGAUUUAACUACGUUAUCAUCACGAUAUAUUGCUACACAACCUCCCUUGCCGUCAUCCUUUACUGAUUUCUGGCGUAUGAUUUGGGAAACAAAUGCAUUAUUUAUUGCUAUGUUAGUAGCUGAAAUUGAAAACUGCAAGCGUGUGUGCGAUCGCUAUUGGCCGGAAAAUGUAGGAUCAUCAGUUACCUACGGUGCUAUUGUUGUAACUUUAGCAAGCCAAGAAGCUCAACCUUAUGGAUUCAAGAGGAUAAUAACCAUUAAAAAGAAUACCGAAAGUAGGUCAAUAACUCAGUUACAACUGAUUACGUGGCCUCAGCCGUUCAAUCAAACAUCGUACAAGCCACUCAUGGCCUAUUUAGAAGACGUCACAUCUCACCUACAAAAGAUCGACCCUGGAUCGCAAGCGCCUGUUGUGGUGCAUUGCAGUGAUGGAGUUGGAAGAACAGGAGCAUUCUGUAUCCUUUACACUGCUAUCAAAGAAAUGGCAGGCGGACAUGGAUUAAUAAAUAUUUCAAAGCUGAUUCAAUCCCUUCGCCAACGUCGAAAUUACAUGGUUCGAACUAAGGAUCAAUACAUCAUGUGCUAUGAAGCAGUAUUUGCCUAUGCCAGUAAAUUUGUACAGGAAGCUCAAUCUUCGCCAAGUGAUUCGUCUGCAAGAAACAUGACUGGACAAACUUCACAACAGUACGGUAAUUUUCCUGUGCAACAGCAAGGCAACAUCUACGCGAACACUCCUGGACAGUUGAAUGCACAGCAAAAUCUAAGUUGGCGUUAA